GCUCAGGGUUAAACCUUAAUAACAGAUAGUUAGCAUGCUAAUGUAGCUCAGGAGUAAGUCAUCACCCACACAUUGUUUUAGAUAAGCGGUCUCAUACGUUGGGCCCUUGGACACGUUAUACACAGAAACUGACAUUAAGCUCCACUUUAAGCUGCCUGUCAGUAAAUACAAACGUCUCUCUUCAAACAUGCUUUUCAUUCUAUUGUUCAAAAUCUCAAAUGUGUGGCACAGGACCUGCAGGAGGCCGGUGAGUGUGAUCGCUGUGGUGAGCAGAGGUUCACGGGAAAGUGUGAGGCGCCUGAAAUAGAUGGGCCAGCUUGUUACCAUGGGAACCUCAGUGAAACAGGCGUCUCUGUGUCUCUGUGGCGUCUCUGUGACGCUCCUGGAGGAGGAUGACAUCAGGUUCCUCUCACAUCAAAAACAUCUGGUAGUCACAAUGACAUGUCAGCUGCUAAGUGUUACGAUCAAGAUGAGGUUACUUUUUAUUAACCAUAAACCUUAAAGCUCUACUAAUCAAUAGGUUUACAUUAAGAACGGAUUCAAAUGACUUCAUGUUGAAUGUGAAAGAAGUCGUAACGGAGAGUUAUUACACGUCUCGGCUCUACAACGUUUUAGCAUCUUUUAGCUCAUUGUUUUGGUUUUAUGGUUCACAAUGUUUCUGUUUUGUUCUCGUGUCCCCGACUAAGAGUUUAGAAUCAUUAUACGCUACCACACAGCAGACAGACAUAGUAAGCCACGAGCUGGUGAACAUUCAGCAUUCAUCAGCUGCUGGUAUUUCUGUCAUAGCUCGGUGGAGACCAAAAACAGAGCAAGAGAUUAUUCUACGUGCUUUUUUGUUGGUGACCAAAGAAGAUACUUCUAAUCAAUGCUAGUAAUCCUAAUAGACUGCUCCGUGUCUGCUGGGUGUUAAACCAGCAGCUGUUUGCUUACAGGUUCACUCUUCUCAUUCCUCAGUCUGUACAUCCUCCUUUCCUUUCCUCGCCUCCUCUUCUUGUGUCUCAUGCUAAGAGACCGGACGAAGCUUUGUGUAUAAAUGUGUGUGUAUAAACCAUAUGGUACAAACAAUGAUGACAACGAUGCCGUAUUUACGUUAUGAUGACGUUAUGCUACAAUGUUAGCUUAGCAUAGCACCGAUCGAUCCAAACUCCAUUCAGAAAACGUGAAAAGUGAUUUGCUUGUCGUCUUGCGGAGAGAACUAACAAAACAUGAAUUCAGACUUUUUACAGAUCUGCAUCAUUACGUAGAUAUGUCGGAGUCCCUUUGUGUCCGUUUAUUGGAGAGGAGAGAGGAGAGAGGAGAGAGGAGUCGAGGCAACAAGCUUUUAACAAAUGAGACAUCAUUGCCUCGGAGAUGUCGGUUAAAUACCAGCUGUCCGUUGUUUAUUCAGCUGUGUUUUAUGAUCUUAUAUUUAUUUAUCUUUCAGAUGAUGAAGACUUAUAUAUAAUUACUCUUUAUGUGUCUCGAGGGCUGAAAAGCGAAGGAGACACCUUGUGCUUCCUCUCUCCUCUCCCCCCCAGAUGCAUUUUAGAAAGUGAGAGGUCCUUCGAGACGAGCACAGAUUGAUUUAUGGGUCACAGGCAGGAGGACGGAGGAGAUGAGGAGACAAGAGCGGACUGUACCAACUUAAUGAGUUAAAUGUUCUUCAAGAUAAGAAACCAAAACACUGUUGGAAUAUAAGCGUUCUUCAAGCUCUCUUUGCUAUUCGCUCGUUCUUUAGUAAAAUGUUCGUUAGGAGGAACCUCUCCUGUAGUUCCUGUGAUCGGUGCUUCGGGUGAUUUCUCCCUCGUUGUCGUCUGCAGGUAUAACCACGGUGCUGACUAUGACCACCCUCAGCAGCGUGGCCAGGACGUCUCUCCCCAGAGUGUCUUACGUCACUGCCAUGGACCUCUUCGUCACCGUCUGCUUCCUGUUUGUAUUCGCUGCUCUGAUGGAGUAUGCCACCUUAAACUACUACUCGUACAGCACCCGGAGACCCAGCUGCAUGGAACCCAAACGAUCGAACUACUCUGUCCUGGAUGUGAGACCUCCUCCUCACACCGUCAUCGCUCUGAAUAACUCCAUGUACUGGCAGGACUUUGAGGACGCUUGUGUCUUCGAGUGUCUGGAAGGGAAAGACUGCCAGAGCUUCUUCUGCUGCUUCGAGGAGUGUAAAGGAGGCGGCUGGAGGAAAGGACGUGUCCAUGUGGACUUGCUGGACCUGGACGCGUACUCGCGCGUCUUCUUCCCCACCUCCUUCCUGCUGUUCAACAUCGUGUACUGGGUGGGAUACCUCUACCUUUAGCCCACCACGGGAGGACAGGAAGGAAUUAAUAAUAAUAAAAAAGAAGGUAACACCAAAUAAAACUCUUUCCUGUGCUACCUGCAGCCGUUACCAUCGAGAGGUUUCAUGAUACUGAUUCCCUUCAGGACGGGAUGGACGACGUGACAAAGACGUCCGCCGAUGACUUGCGUUUGUACCGUUUAUUAUCCAGCCAUCAGUCAAAUCCAUUCGAUGAAAAAAAUCCAAGGACGGUGAAACCAUUCAUAGUGCCUUCCUCUGGAGGGGUAGAUGCUACCUGCUAUACAAUAAUCAGGGAAUAAUGAUUUAUUUAUGGCUUUGACUGAUUAUGGCUGUUCUCAUUCAGAGCUUUGAGGUUUAUAAAACAGAUUUGUUGUUUUUAUUAUCUCUUCUACUGACUCUGAGCCAUUAAGCACGACUCAUUCUAUCGGUGUCCCUGUACGGUGUGGUAAAUAAAUCAGUUCCCGGGGAAGAAUAAACCUGAUGGCAGAUAGAAUAAUAUGUGCUUUGUUGGCAUCAUUUAUGAUAUAAUUUUCUGUAUGUAUGCUUGUGUGUGAGUACAGACACAGAUCUGACUGCUGUGGUUGUAAAAGUCAAUCCAGCACCAAUAGUCUCAACGACACUUUAAAGGAAUAGUUGUGGGAUAAUUUAAGAAAUACGUUUAUUGGCUUUCCUCUCCAAGAAAGAAAUUGACACCACUCUCAAACCUUUACACUAAAUAUGUGAAGUGAACGACGCCACCGUGACGUCACCAGUUUGAAGUUUUGGCCUCGCCAUCCUUUCUUAUCCUGAAGCGAUCAUAUUUGGAUGAGGGAUGAGCUAUCGUUAGCGUAACAAAGGCUUAGUUACAAGCUUACACUUGUGCUAGUUAGCUUAGUUAGCAAGGUGCAUCCGUAAUUCACAUUAACUGCGAUAUUUAUUUGGAUGCUAAUUUUGGCUAGCAAAACCAGUGAACAGGAAGUGACCAUAUUUGGACUGAGGAGGAGAGACGUAUACUAGAGAGAAUGCAGCUUUAACACUUGAAGCACUGACUUCUCUUUUCAAAACUGGAGGUUGUCUCCUGGAUUUAAAUGGUUGAGGUGGUGACAUUUUUACCUUUUGGAGAGAGCCAGGCUAGCUGUUGUCUUGCUAAUCGAAGCUAACCACUAGAUCGUCCCUUUAAAACAGCAACCGUUAGCUUAGCUAGCUUAAAGACGAGCUAACAACAAGCCUGAACCAUUCGUAAGGUUACAAAAUGUCUUUAAUGCAGGUUAAACAUACAAUAUAAUGUGUCUUCUGAGAUACACUUAAUUUAUUUUAUCUUUGGACAGAGCAAACAAAUGAUGCUAAGCUAACAGGCUACUAUCUUCAUAUUUAGCAUACAAACAUAAGAUUAGUAUUCUCAGUGUAUUUCCGAAAAUGUCUCACUAUUCCUUUUCAAUCGUGAGUAAUAAUUGAUUGACACAUGCCUGUGCUUUUCCACAAUAUACUGUGGAGGUUUUUUGGGAUGUUGUAAAAAUACCAACUCGUGGUUUGAAUAAUAAUAGACAGCGGACAUCACAGAAGCAGUUUCUCAUAUCUGCAGCUGCAUUGUCACAGACUGGAGGUUGAAACACCUCAGAGGGAACAAAGGCAGCGACGCGUGUAAUCCAAGUCGUAUUGUUUGUAGAUGUUACACUUGUUCUCACAGCAGCAGAGCUCUUAACACACACUAGAAGAAGUGAAUAGACGAAUAGUUCAACUAACAACCUUUCGGUUCUGCUGGAUGCCCACAUUAAAUUUAACGCGUGUCAUUUGUUGCUGUAGACACAAAUAUGAUAAUCCCACUCGUCAGGAUCACUCAUCUCUGUUGGACUCUUGUUUGCAUGCAAUAGACAUUUAAACCCUGAAGACUGUAUUAUAAUUUGAUUUCUGUGUGUUUUUAAAUUUGGCAUUAGCAACCGUUGAACUGCCUUAGUGUAGCCCCGCCCACAAAUACAUAUGUACCUCUGGUAAUAACCUCCGCCUGACGAAGACGAAGGCUACUUCUUUGGCCUUUUGGCAGUUUGCUUACGUGGAACUUUUUAUAUCCCUUUUUUGAGCUGUAUUCUUUUAUUGUCAUUAUAGUUGCUAUAUUCAGUAUAUGUGCCAAAUAUUUCCAGUAUGUGCCCAGUCAUUUAUGUUUUCAGGCAAGUUUAAACAACCCUAUAACUACAGUAUAUGUUCUGAUACUGCACAUACAGGACAGUAACGUAGAGGUGGGGCAACCUAAAGAGAAUCCUUCACCCACAUAAUGACCAUCUGUGUCUCAGUUACUCUCCUUUUGGUUUCACAACAGCAGAAGUACAAGAAACUGUCCGUUAACUCUCACACGACUGGUGCAGAAUAAUCCCAGUAUGAUAGAUAUCCUCAGGAUCUUAUCGACACUAGAACUCUUAUUGGUCCGGUUCCUUAUCGAUAUUCGGUUCGUUUUGAUUAUAUUAUGAGAAAAGAAUCCACAUUUCUUUAUUAUUCUUGUAUGUAAGCGAAUAGCGUUUCCUAAGCAGCAAUGAGUUCUAAAAUCUAUUUACAACACGUCAACACGAGUCCUGCACACGAGAGGGACUCUUCAUAUGGAAGUUCUUUCUGUCAAUUCAUCCAAACUUUCUCUCUGUUUUCUUGAUUCUCCGUCGAGGCGAGACACUAAAGAACAAAGGUAACGCAGGGAGAGCAACUCGUGCACAGAUUAGUAGUUCGAAGUUUUUUCCUUUUAAGGAGUAAAAUAAAUAUCUUACAUAUAAAGUUUAGCUUUUGGAUUGUGGAGCAUCCACAUGCAUGCUGGAUGCUGCGUUCACACUGAUACAUGUGAAGCUGGACGCUCAUGAUUUAUUAUUAUUAUUAUUAACAGGAGAAGAAUAAAGUCCUCCAGCGUUGGUGUGAUGCACCGAAUGUGCCUGCAGACGAACCAGACUGAAUCAUAGUUCAUGUGUUCAUCGCCUCAAACAUCGACAGCAGUUCUGUCUCACCGUCUUUUUCUUUACAGUCAUUUUUUGUACUUUUAAAGUACUUUUUUAAAGUCCUGUUUCUGCUGAGUGUUGAUUGGUUGGUUGCUCUGUGGAGCCCUGAUGUCACCGCGUUCUGCUGACAGAUGAAGGGCGAUGCAAUAAGUUAUCCUAAGUGCUGCUAACUUUAGCAAUAGCUCAGCAUGUAAGCAUGAAACCUGAUCAAACACACACUUUAGUGUUUCAUUAGACGGCUGACUGAGAGGAGGUGGAGACGUGUGACACGGCCCGACUGUUAACAUCACACCGACUGUCAGCUCAGCUCAGGCAGUCGUGUCUCAAACACACAGCGGUUCAUGUGUCACUCUAGUUUUCUUUAGUUAGACUCAAAUGUAAAAGGUCAAGUUAUUGUGAAAAACGUUCAUUCUUCUCACAUCUUCAGUCAGAUCUUAUUACACGAUGGCAGUUAAGGAAUCUAGCAGAAAGAAGGCGUCGGCAUUAUUUACGUUUCUGCAAACUACGGAAAGGUUUAACGUCGACGUUUCUGCAUCCUGUCAGAGGAGUUGAUGGAGAUGCUGGAAAGAUGAAAACACAGGCUGUGAAGAUGAACGGGCUGCUAUCUGUAGAUAAUCAUGUCAUCAUGAGCAGCAGUGGUGGGCCGUGCAUCUUAUAGCUGGGCCUUCAGUGCUGUCCUACUGCUGAACCAGCUCCUAAUAACCUCACUAUGAGCCACAGCUACGCUUAUUAUCUGUUGUUUGGAUUGUUGCCUGAACAGAGAUGAUCAGCAGAGAAGAUGUUUUUCUGUUAUGAGCCACUUUAUCCACUGCUGUGUUAUUUGUCUCAUUCUGUAGUUAAGCUGUAUUUAAUUUGUGUUGACAUGUAUCAUCUCCUGAUCUGCCUCUCUGUGAACUCAACACUCAGCUGUGCACUUCUUUCAUACGUGUGUGACAGACAUAAGAUGGAUAGUCGGUGUCCUGUUGGUUUUAUCUCUUCUGGCUGCAGCAUCUACAAUGCGGUGAUGAUGCUCGUGCUAUUUUCAUACCCAUUUCUUUU